CGGCGGCGACGGCGGCGGCGGCUGCGGCUGCGAGGAGCCUUGCCUUCCACCUUUCCAGCCCCGGCAGGACGGGGGCGGUUGCCGCGGGCCCGGGGCGGAGACAGCACGCAGCCUCGCCGCGCGCACCCCCGCCCGGCAGCGGCCCCGACUCCCGGGGCGAGCGGGAAAGCGGCGGCGGCGGUAGCGGCAGCGGCGGCCGGGGGAAGGAUGCAGGGGAAGAAGCCGGGCGGCUCGUCGGGCGGCGGCCGGAGCGGCGAGCUGCAAGGGGACGAGGCGCAGAGGAACAAGAAGAAGAAAAAGAAGGUGUCCUGCUUCUCCAACAUCAAGAUCUUCCUGGUGUCCGAGUGCGCCCUGAUGCUAGCGCAGGGCACGGUGGGCGCCUACCUGGUGAGCGUCCUCACCACCCUGGAGCGGAGGUUCAACCUGCAGAGCGCCGACGUGGGCGUGAUCGCCAGCAGCUUCGAGAUCGGGAACCUGGCACUCAUCCUCUUCGUGAGCUACUUCGGGGCUCGCGGUCACCGGCCCCGCCUCAUCGGCUGCGGGGGCAUCGUCAUGGCCCUGGGCGCGCUGCUGUCGGCGCUGCCGGAGUUCCUGACCCACCAGUACAAGUACGAGGCGGGUGAGAUCCGCUGGGGUGCCGAGGGCCGAGAUGUCUGCGCCGCCAACGGCUCGGGCGGGGACCAGGGGCCCGACCCGGACCUCAUCUGCCGCAGUCGCACCGCCACCAACAUGAUGUACUUGCUGCUCAUUGGGGCCCAGGUACUCCUGGGCAUCGGUGCUACCCCCGUGCAGCCCCUGGGUGUCUCCUACAUCGACGAUCACGUGCGGAGGAAGGAUUCCUCACUCUACAUAGGUAUCCUGUUCACGAUGCUGGUGUUUGGACCCGCCUGCGGAUUUAUCCUGGGCUCUUUCUGUACCAAAAUCUAUGUGGAUGCAGUCUUCAUUGACACAAGUAACCUGGACAUCACCCCGGACGACCCCCGCUGGAUUGGAGCCUGGUGGGGUGGCUUUCUGCUCUGCGGUGCCUUACUCUUCUUCUCUUCCCUCUUGAUGUUCGGGUUUCCACAGUCUCUGCCCCCGCACUCAGACCCUGCCCUGGAGAGCGAGCAGGCCAUGCUCCCCGAAAGAGAAUACGAGAGACCCAAGCCCAGCAACGGGGUCCUGAGGCACCCCUUGGAGCCGGACACCAGCGCCUCCUGCUUCCAGCAGCUGAGAGUGAUCCCGAAGGUCACCAAGCACCUGCUCUCAAACCCUGUGUUCACCUGCAUUAUCCUGGCCGCCUGCAUGGAGAUUGCAGUGGUGGCUGGCUUCGCUGCCUUCUUAGGGAAGUAUCUGGAACAGCAGUUUAACCUCACCACCUCUUCUGCCAACCAGCUGCUCGGGAUGACUGCGAUCCCAUGUGCCUGUCUGGGAAUCUUCCUAGGCGGUCUCCUGGUGAAGAAACUCAGCCUGUCCGCCCUCGGGGCCAUUCGGAUGGCCAUGCUCGUCAACCUGGUGUCCACCGCUUGCUACGUCUCCUUCCUCUUCCUGGGCUGUGACACGGGCCCCGUGGCUGGGGUUACUGUUCCCUAUGGAAACACCUCAGCACCUGGCUCGACCCUGGACCCUUACUCGCCCUGCAAUAAAAACUGUGAAUGCCAAACUGAUUCCUUCACUCCCGUGUGUGGGGCAGAUGGCAUCACGUACCUGUCUGCCUGCUUUGCUGGCUGCAACAGCACGAAUCUCACCGGCUGUGCAUGCCUCACGACUGUCCCGCCUGAGAAUGCAACUGUGGUUCCUGGAAAGUGCCCCAGUCCCGGGUGCCAAGAGGCCUUCCUCACCUUCCUGUGUGUGAUGUGUGUCUGCAGCAUGAUUGGGGCAAUGGCUCAGACGCCCUCGGUCAUCAUCCUUAUCAGGACAGUCAGCCCUGAACUCAAGUCUUACGCCCUGGGAGUUCUUUUCCUCCUCCUCCGUUUGUUGGGCUUCAUCCCCCCUCCCCUCAUCUUUGGGGCUGGCAUCGACUCCACCUGCCUGUUCUGGAGCACGUUCUGUGGGGAGCAAGGCGCCUGCGUCCUCUACGACAACGUGGCCUACAGAUACCUGUAUGUCAGCAUCGCCAUCGCGCUCAAGUCCUUUGCCUUCAUCCUCUACACCACCACGUGGCAGUGCCUGCGGAAAAACUAUAAACGCUACAUCAAAAACCACGAGGGCGGGCUGAGCACCAGUGAGUUCUUUGCCUCUACUCUGACCCUAGACAAUCUGGGGAGGGACCCCGUGCCCGCCAACCAGACACAUAGGACAAAAUUUAUCUAUAACCUUGAAGAUCAUGAGUGGUGUGAGAACAUGGAGUCUGUUUUAUAGUGACCGAGGAGGGUUGAACUCUGUAUUAGUCAUCCAAGGGUCAUAUUUCCUAAAAAAAAAAAAAGAAAAAAAAGUUUCCAAAAAACAAAACAAAAAAAACCCACACAGAGACACACACACACGUACACACGGCACCUUUAUCCUUUUUCUCAAAAUCAGAGCCAGACAGGAUUCAGAAUAAGGAGAGCGUGGGAUCACGUGGUUGACGUGCGACCUUGGGGCUCAGAGUCUACUCUUUGAAGGCACCUCAUGGUUUUUCAGGAUGCUGACAGCUGCAAGCAACAGGCACUGCCAAAUUCAGGGAACAGUGGUGGCCAGCUUGGAGGACGGACCUUUCUGGAUAUACACACACAUACAAAACAAAAAAAAUACUUUUAAAAAGUCUACUAAAAAAAAAAACCCAAGUUGACAACAUUGCCAGGAAAAGCAUUAGUGACACAGCCGGUGCCACCCUCCCUGUCCACACAGGGUACAGGGGCACGAAAGUCGGAGGAGUGGAGGCCUGCUCCUCUCUAACUUUUGCAAUAUGGGUCGCUGUGUAGACGACUCACCCAGUCUACAUGUGGUUCAAGGCCCCAGAGUUCUCUCAGCGAUGCUAAAGGGUGACCCAUGCUGGAGUCUGUAAUUGGCACCUCUCACCAGCUCCAUUUCCAUUUCUCAAGACUGAGGGCCCCCCCGGGGGCCGGGCGUUGGGGGGCCAGCACCACCCCUUCCCCAGCAGCACCUCCCAGCGGGGGGUGCCCCCUCCCCCAGCCCCACAGAGUGACCUCAGGAAGCAGUGGGCCUCACCUGGCUAUGACUGACCUCGCUCAGAGCCGGUGAAACCCAACCUAGUCCAACUCAUUUGCUUACAUUUGCCAAACAUUUUGCCAUUUUUAAGAAGAAAAAAAAAAAUGCCACGCAUAUGAAUUUCAAACUGUUGUAUGUAUAACCCUCUGAUACUAUUUUUAACUACUUCUCAAAUCUGUGUUAACCCUUCAGUCACUAACACAGUUCUCUAGGCCGAGUUUAUUAAUGCUGGUUGCUUUUACUUUUCUCCUUUUUUUAAUGCACCAAAAAUAUAAUGUGAUUCAAGGGAUGCAAUUAAUCUAUUGUAAUUUUUUUAUCAUUUUAUCCUCAUUCGGAUAUUCUGUGGAAACAAAUAUGCAGUGUAUUAACAGAAGAAAGAAAAUGCUUGAAAAAGAGAGUGGAUAUGCAGCCUGCCUUUAAAAGAAUCACAUUUGAGACAACAGGGGAUAAUGUGAUGAAUUGCAAA